UCCUCGUGAUUUUUGUAUUCGUAAAAUGUCGACGGCACAGGGUAGUGGGGGUGCGUACGGUGCUGGUAAAGCUGGUACCCCCUUUGAUCCAUUAGAAUUUAUCAAGAAACCACAAGUCAUAUUGCGAGCUGUCAGUUUGAUAUGGUCCAUUAUAGUAUUUGGUUGUAUCAUAGCAGAAGGAUGGCACGGAGAUAUGUGUCAAAUGCAUGGUGACAAUAAUGCAUGUGGAUAUGGGACAGGAAUCGGCAUCAUAGCAUUUUUAAUCUGUUUAAUAUUCCUUGUAAUAGAUGCCAUGUUUGAAAACAUUAGCAGUGUACAACAUAGGAAAUAUGUGGUCAUAGGUGACUUAGGAUUAUCAGCACUAUGGACCUUCCUAUGGUUUGUUGGAUUCUGUUAUAUGACUGAUGCAUGGAGGAGAACUGAAGAAGGUGCUCCCUAUUUAGCCCCCAAUGGUUAUGGCAAGGACCAUGUUCAAGCUGCAAUAGCAUUUUCAUUCUUCUCUAUAAUAACUUGGGGAGGACUGACUUUCUUUGCUGUAAGAAGAUACCGUGAGGGUGUGACAGAAACCUUCCAAGAGGGAUACAAUCCUGAGCAGAAUGCCUCAUCACCAUACUCAUCAUUCCCAGGAAGUGACACUGGGGAUCCUUACCAGGCACCUUUUGGAGGCCAGAAAGAGGCUCCUGAAUAUCAACCUCCGACAUACUGAUCAGCUGUAUAACUUAGAGAUAUAUGUGUUAGAUACAUUAGGUCUGUGACAAUAGCACCAAAUAUAACUGUGUAUGUAUGCAAGGAACCUUAUCAAUGAUUUGGUGCUGUCACUAGCGUACUUAUUUAUUGUAUGUAUGAGUAUAGAGGUUGUGCAUUAUUAAUUUAUUUAUCAAAUUUAUCAAAAUUAACAAAGAAUGGAUAUUGUGUAUUAUCUGCUGAAUUUUCAUGUAGAAUUGUGCAGAAUGGCAAGCUUCAUAUCAGAUUUGUUCACAGUUGCACAUGCACAAAAAAUAUAUCUCUGAACUUGUUUUCUUUUGUACUUAAUUUAAAUAUGUCUUGUAAGGAAGCAAAAAGGAACUUUGAUAAAUAGUUAAACCAGCAUAUAAUAUAAAUUCAAAUCUUAUUGAUACAAAUAGACUGAACUAUCAGGAGAUACAUAGAAUACAAAUGCUUCAUUUUUUGUCUGGUACCAUUCAGAUUAUUGGUACUCUGUUGCAUGUGAAGCCAUGGACAUAAGCAUUUGUCAGUGUUAUAAGUGAUAUCACAUUUUAAGAAAUUUUAAGAAAUUUAUUUCGAUGGGAUAUACUAGCAAUGUUUUAACAAAUCCAACACCUAAUUACUAUUGUUUAAGGAGUUAUGCCCAUUAUUGCCAAUGAAAAUCUAUGUAACUUUUCAGUAUUAGAACUCUCAAACCUACAAGUACAUUUCUUCGUGAAUUUUGAUGACUUUUUAUCAAAGAUUUAUCCUUUGAAAUGUCAGAUAUAUUGAAAAUUGUACUGCUGGAAUUAUCAUGACACUAGAUUCUUGAGAAAGAGUUCAAAAGAUCAAAACAAAAUUAUUGGAGUAAUUGCUGAUAAAAUAUAUGUGCUUCAGGUGGGGACAUUUGCAAGGCUAUUUUUUAGUUGUUCUUUUAUAUUUUGAGUUUAAAAUAUAUUGAAUAUUGUAUACAUAGAGAUUUUUUUACAUUACAUUUAGAUACAUCACUGUAAUUGACGUUUACAAAAAACACCACUGUAGAAAAUAUACUUUAGGUAUAUAUAAAUGGAGAGAAUUAUAGAGAAUAGUAACAAAAUAGUUCCUAUAUUCCUGAGAUAAAUGUCCUAGAUAGUGCAAUAAAUGUUUAAGGUAAUCUGUUGUAAGAAGCAUUGUUAUCACUUUAUUUUACACCAUAUACAACUUUAUUGGUAUUAAAUGACAGAUACUCAUUCAUCAGAUCUAACUAAAAACAGGGAUUCUUCCCUUGAAAUAACAGAAAGGGAUUAAGUACAAAAUAAAACAAUAACAUAUGCUUGCAGUCUAAACAAAAUAUAAAUGAUAUGCUGAAUGUUUUUUUAAUCAGAAAUAAAUAUUAAGAUGUGAAAGAUAGUCAGUGUAAUGUGAAGAGUCAUUGCUCUUAUAAGUAAUACUGAGAGGAAAGUUGUGCAAAGUAGAAUAAUGCUCACCUUAUUUAAACCACUAUAGAUAAUAUUUGUCACAAUGUUUUUGUGAUAAACUUAUUGUAUGACAAAUAUUUUAAUAUGACAAAAAAAACACCAUGUCUAACUGCUAAUAAUGCCAUUAUUUUAGAGAUAUAAUACACUGGGUGCUUUGGAUUAUUGCCAAGCAUUUAGGUUCUUCUAUAUUACCAAGUCUGUCUACAGUUAUUUUCUAUGUAUAUAUAGUUGAUAUUACCAUUAAUGUGAUAAUCAAAUUUUGUUCUGAUUGUUAGAGAUUUUAAUUGAAAGGGAAUAUUUUGUUACUUGGUUAUAAAUGAGUGAUUCAUACUUUUGUAUAUAAAUCAUCAUUCCAUAUUUUGUUUUGUCACUACACAUUCCAGCUGGUUUGUUUUCAUUUACAUGUGAAUGAUAUAUAUAUACAAGUGCUUUUGUAUGCUAUUAAAGUUUAUUGAAUUACUAAGGGUGUCAGAAAUCCUCUGUUCCUGUUCAGGUCUCAAGAUUUGGUAUACAUUUAAAAAAAAUACUUAUUCAAUGUAAAACCAAAAAAAAAGAAAAUUUGGCCAUGAAUUCUUUUAUAGCUUCAGACUUUAGAAAAAGAUUUCAAAUGGUUACUUAUUCAAUUUAAUAAGAAGUGAAAUGCCAAAAUUUAUGCUGAAAAAACAUUUUUUGAUUGUCAAUUUUGAUAUUAUCCAGUCCUUAUAUUUCUUCAGAAAAAAUGUGAUAUUUUCCAAUAUACUUUUGUUCUCAAUAAUUUCUUGAAUUUCUGUUAUUUAAAUCUGAUGUCAAAAUUAAUUUAUUGCUAAGAAGCUUUAGACUUACAGGAAAGUAACGGGAUAUUUCAAAAGCCUUAGAUAGUAGUGAAUACAUGCUCUAUUUAGUUGGGUUAGUAAAGGGAUGUAGCUGAGGUUUAAAGGACUCAUGAUAAGUCAAUUGUAUCUGUGUCAGGGUUAAAAUUAAAGAUUAACACUUUUUGUUGAUGUUUUCAUUGCAUAAUAUUAUAUUUAAGUAUUGCAUAAAAAAAUCUAUUUGCCAAAAAAACUGUUAAAUGUACUAACAUGUGUUACUGAUCUCUUGGGUUUGGUCUUAAGCAUUAUAUAAGAAGAAUUAAAAUGUUAGUGAAAGUACACUGACUAAUGUGAUAUAUAAAAGUCAAAGGUCCUGUCACCUCUAUAAAUAGAUUUUGUAUUGUUCAAAGAAAUCCAUGCAUUUUACCAAAAGUUUGCUUGAGUGUUAAAAUUAAAUGAUUGUAAGCUUCAAAUGACAUUCAGGUGUAUGCCUGAUUAAUGGUAAUGGUAUAUUUAUGUAGUUAUAUUUUAUUUUAUUCUAAUGCUUCAUUUUUGUCUAAAAUCAGACUAAACUUAGCUGCAAAUUUAUGAACAUUUCUUUUCGUGUUAUGUUAUUUUUGCUGAUACAUUUUGUGCUUAAUGGCUUUUUGUUUUGUUUUGUUUUAUUUUUUUUAAUUCUGAAGACUAAUGGACUAUUAUAGAUAUUGUAAUUCCAAUCUUAUUUACCUUUGUUUAUUUUGUUAAAUAGAAGUUACAUUUAUAAUGUUUUUAUGUCUACUCAGUUUGGUAAUAAAAGUUGCUUUCUUUCA